CAUUUUAUUGCAUCAGGAAUGAACUUAUAUAGGUUGAAGUGAUGAGGGAUGGAGUGAGGGUAGCAGGCCAAUGAGAUGAUGCCAUCUCAGCAGUUAUUAGGCAGAGGCAAUUCUAGAUUGGGUUCAGCUGAGUCACUCAUAUGUGGAAGUAAUGUCCAAAGACAGGUUGCCAAACUCAAGCUAGGCUCAGGAAGUUACACUGGGCCUCACACCUGGGCCUUAUGAGGCCCAACAUGCCUGGCCAAGAUGGAGGAGAGGGUGUUGAUGCUGGCCUCCUUUGAAACGACAGCUGACCAUCUCUUUGAUGCUGCUUACUUGGCAGAAAGACUCUGGGCCUAUUGUUUACAGAAACAGAUCAAUUGUCUCCAGAGCCCAACUAAGGCACCCUACCUUCCCUCUCCCCUUUAUGAGAGCUACUUUCAGUGCAGACAGUUUUUGAGUUGCAAUAAAGGAAAUAUGGACCCUGAGCCAGUGUAGACCUUUCAGUCCUUGAAGCUGUACUUGGCCACAUUGACUAACAGCCUACAUGUUGUCCAGGAUUGACAGAAGGUAGACAGUGGAAGAGCCUCGAGGUGUAGCAAUAGGGCAUUCUGUGGUCCUGCCUCCUAGUGAGACACUGAACAACAUUUUAAGAGCCAAGAAGCACAGAAAAUGGAGAGACAGAGGUUAAUGAAGAGACAGAAGGUAAUGAGAAAUCCAGGCCUGAUGGUUGAUGCCUUUCAUCCCAGCACUCAAGAGUCUGAAGCAAGCAGUUCUCUGUUGAGUUGAAGGCCAGCUUGUUCUACAUAGCAAGUUCCAGGCCAAUUAAGGCUACACCAUGAGACCCUGUCUUCAAAACAUCAAGAUGAAGUGAAAGAAAAGUGAGGAGGGUUAGAAUGGGAGAAGCCCAUGCACAAGCCAGAGUGCAACUGUCAGACACCAGGACUGAAACCUAGCACCCAUCACUGACACCUUUGCAGCCUGAGUACAGCCUCUGUCCACCACCCUAUCUGGAAAUGUCUCCUGUCUCUAUGUGGGGAGCACUCUAGCCCAGUGUUAGAUCUCACUGUGUUGGGGUUAGUUUGGCACUUUGCCUCUCUGUUCUGGAGUUGUCUUUGACAUCAACAUAGAAUGCAUCUACCUUCAACUUCCUUCCUAUAAAAUCAGAAUCCUAGCAAAGACUCUUGGAGCUUUUAAAAUUUGAACUGAAUCAGGUGGUGUAUAUCCAUGCAUUUAAUCCCCACACAUUGGAGUCAGGUGGACAGAUUUCUGAGUUUCAGGGGAGCCUAGCCUGGUCUACAGGAGUUGUUCCAGGGCAGCCAGUACUGCAUAGAGAAACCCUGUCUCCAAAAAUCAAGAGAGAGGUGAAGUGAAGCCAGGAGCAGAGGAAAUGGCUAUUCUUCUGGAAGUCGGUGGCAGCCUGCCUUCCAGUGUCUGAUAAGGACACUGCUGCCCCUGGCCCUGCACUUCCAGCCCCAUUGGCAUCUUUUCUUCUGGGCACUAAGCUAAAGAAGUUAGGUGGCAAAGUCACCAUCUCCUGAUCAUGUGCAGGGAUCCUGCUGCCUAAGCAGCCUCUCAAAGGCUGUCUAUCUUCUGAUCUUUACUCCUGUUGCAGAGAACUGGCUGAGCUGAAUUGGCUUCUGGUGAUCUGUUGGCCUGAGGCAGGCACUGUCAUUCCAGAGACAGUUGCUCCUUGGCCAUCCCCCUAGGGUAUAUACAUGGGAAGGAAAAUGAUGAGCCAAGUUCAGCCAGGUGGUAUGUGGUAGAGCUGGACCUCGGAUCCCAAGUCUGCAAUCCUGAUUCAGUCAUGUUUUCUCUACUCUGUGAGUCCAGCUCUCUGACCUUGGUUCUGGUUGGUUCCAGGUAUGUUCGAAUGCAUCAUCAUGGGAAUCCCAAUGAACAUUGGAACUGGGCUCUUCAAGCUGUUACACAAGGCCAACAGGGACCCAAAACCACCCAGGAGGCCCCUGAUCUUCAACACAAAUGAAUUCCACAUCCCUCUAGUUGAUGACAGGUCACCAUUCCUGACAUUGGCUCCUUGUCCUGUAGGGUGCUGAAUGGAAGGAUUUUGGAUCCUUUCGACAGACACCUUCAUGACCUUUUAUGGUGCACACAAUCAGAGACCAUGGCCUCAGCAGGAACUCCUUGGAAGGUUAACUGGGAGUCUGCUUGUAACCUAACUUGUGGGGGGUUUGAGACGGCUGUUCAGCCUAAUCAGUGCCCAUUCUACCUCACUUUGUCCUUGCAGAGGACCUGAGGUGUGCACACUCCUGCCUGUGAGCCAGGUCUAGACACACAGGGGCCAGGACACAGUCCUGCUUCCCAUUCAGUUAGGCUGGAUUUGCCACUAAUGUACUCAUUGUAAAUACUUCACUUAUUUGUUCUGUAUGAAAGAUAUACCAUGUCUAUUUUACAUUGAAGUUGGAAGGUGUAAACCAAGAAAACUACCUUCAAAGCAUUCCUGGAAAAGUACUUAGGAUGUGAGGUUCAGUGUGGGAUGGCUAGUCCCUGACUAGGAACUGUCUCUUUGAAUUUAACUACCUUAAAAGCAAAGGCAAUAGAAAUUUUGAAUUUCCUCAUAAUGUGAGUCACUUUUGAAGGGCUCUGUAGCCUGUGGCUCCCAAGUGAAGACUGUACAUUAUUAGCAGUCCUAAGGAAGAAGAGGGGUGAUUCCUCUAAAGUCUCUUAUGGACAGAGGUCCUGGGCAGGACCUCUUACUGACAGCAACACAUUGCUCUACACCCAGUCCUAUAACAAAUCUGGCCAUUGGGCAGUAUACAAAGGUACUGGUCAGGAAUGUGUCUGAACUCUACCCUGAACUGAACUCUGAAGAGAGUGGGGGUAUCAUCUGCAGUUCAAUAGACAACCAGGUUUGGAAUGAAUCAGCUUAAUUUAAUUUCUGGUGAAGGAAGUGGGGUGUCUCUGAUGGCUUCUGUCUAGUCCCUUGAAGGAUCAGUGCAGUCUGGUCUCAGACCCUGAUACUUACCUGCUGGGGCAGUAUCCUUCAGGGAAAGACAGAGAUUGUCAUAGGCACAGUUCUAUGCUGGCAGCAGUGGAUAUUACUCAGUAGUUCACAUGGUCAUACACAAUUUCAUCUAUUCUGUAUGUGGUCCUAAGGAAAGGCAUGAAUAGGGUCCUCAGAUAUAAAACAUCACGUCACCUUCCCCUCCACCUCCCUAAGAGGAAAGACAGGUAGGGAGAAUGGUAAGUUCUUUUCAAUACAAAGGAUUGGCAGGUGAGACCUUGGAGGUAGGGUAUGUUUCUGUUUUGUGUGUUAGGACAGGGUCUCAUGGCUCCCAAGCUGUCUUCACACUGGCUUUUCAGGUUCACCUUUAGCUUAGAUCAUCCAAAUUCCACUUCACAAGUGCUAAGAUUACAGGUGGGGCCAACUAGGCCGGUGGGAAAAGCAUUAGGCAUCGACCCAGGACUUGCUACAUGCUAGGCAGUCACUCUCCCAACCGAGGUGAGUCUCAGGUGUUCUCCUUAUUUUCCACUAUCCUUUCUGUUCCCCCAAGAGGCAGAAUCUCACUGUAACUCAGAGGCCUGUAACUAAUCCUGCUUUGGUGUCUUUGGUGCAGAGUGGAGAGCACCACACUCAUCCUGAGACCUUUUGUCUUGAUCCACUACUUCUGUUUCCUCUGCCAAUGGAUCAUCACACUUUUAUCAACUCCCUGAUGGCUGCAUUCUCUGUUAAGGACUCCUGGGGCAAUUCCCUAAAGCUAAGCACGUGGCUUCCAUGACUGUACCCUUAACCCAAACCCCACACUGUAACCAGCCCAACAAGUUCUUCCUGAAUGUUUUCAAUCACUUGUACUUGAGGAAGGUGAUCUUUCCUUGUCUACAUUCAUCCUAACGUGGCUUCUCACUAAUAUAUAAUUGCUCAUAUUGAUAGAGGGAUUUUGAGGAAGGAACGACACAUUCCUGGACAGUGUUUGGAAAUUAUAGCUCAGUUCUCAGCACGGAAAGUAAUAUGGGCCUUCCAACUCAUGCUUUGGAAGGAAGAGGUGCUGAAUGGCUUCCCCUAUGUCCCAAUGGAGGAUCCUGGAAAGGGAAUCUGGCCUUCUGGUCAGUUCAGGGAGAACCAAUUAGCAGGGUGGCAAAGGCUGUUCCCCAUGACAUCAGCAGUCCCUUCUCUGGACAUUCUAUUGUAUCCUGGAGAGCUCUUGGCAUCCCCUGUGAUGUCACCAGUGUUGUAGAGACACCAACAUCACUUAGGGCAUUCCUUCAGUGUCUGUAGGGUACACCAUAGACAUGUUGUCAAGACUGAGGAGUCUACUUGGGAGAGAGAAUGGAGAACAUCCAGAGACCAGAGAGAGGCAGAAGGAAGCUGCUGUCCAGGCUCAGAGGAAAACAAGAACAAAUAAGUGGUUCUGGCAAAGGCACAGUGAGUGCUGGGCAGGAGAUGGGGGGCUUCCUGGAGGAGGUGGGCUUGAGCUGGGCCUUCCAGUAAUGGGGCAGAAGAGCUGGAGCCUCUGAGAAGCAAAUGGGCAUCCCUGCUUAUCAUAAUUCCUUAAAAUCAAGGAUUCCAGAACAUUAGUUUGUUCAUCUCCUAAGCCAGGAGCUGGCAAGGCCAAGGCUGUCGUUCUAGGAGCACCUAGCUUUUACCUUUCCUGGGUCUUGGGGGUGUAAUGAGGGGACAGAAGGAGACAAGCAGGAGGCAGAGAGGGACUAAUGUGUCCCCAGCUGAGGCCAGGCAUCAGUGUAUUUCACGCCCAGUAGUUUCCUUUAGGUGCAGUGGCUGUCGACACUAGUCACAUGGAGAGACAAGUGCUUCUGGCCAAGACAUCAUGUCGUCAGGCUGUCCAGCAGACUCCUCUGACCACUUCUCCCUAACAGCGGCCCCUUUAGGGUUCUGAUCAGCAGUUAAGGGUGGCAGGCAGUUCUCUAGAGUAGUCAAACAACUGUAGAGGUGUGGGAUGAGGGCAGAGAUUGGCUCCUUCAUGCCAGUCCAUGUUCUGGGCUGUCAAUGGAGUAACUUGUUGAGUCUUUAGAGCAUGUUGUGUGCCUGCAUGACUUCAAUCCAUAGCUGUGGUCCUGGAGUGAUCAGGCAGGAGAUCUGGGCUCUUCACAACAUCUGAGUGCUUGUGCACUGUGCCAUUUUUCUACUGGCUUCUGAAACCACAGGCCUACUUUAGAGCUCUGGACUAUGUUACAUCCUGUGCUGCUCUGAAUAUGCCUGAGGAGGUGGUCUUUGUUCCCCUGAAGUAUGUGUAGGGAGGCAGAGGAAACCCCUAACUCCUUACACAGCCACAUCUCUACAGAAUGAUGAGAGACCUGAGAUCCACAGUGUGGGCAUCUCAGUCUGCCCCAAAAUGUUUGUGGUGUCACUGAGUUCCAGACAUGAUCUGUCUGUUUGGGCCUCAGGGUGGUCUGUCCAUUCUCUAUGCCUUGUCACUAUGCAAGUUCACUUGUGUUCAUCUUCCCACAGAGGCUGCUAUGGAGCCCUCAUCCCACCCAACCCUCCUCACCAAGAAAGAGGUGAGGACGAAAUUGGAGAGGCUGACCAUGGAGCUGAAGCUAAUGACCAGCCAAAGAAAUGAGCUACGGGAUCGCCUGAUCUUUGUCACUGAAGGAACCAUGGACAAUAGGUAUCCAUUGUUUCAGACUCCAGGGCAUGUCCUCAAUGUCCCCCUCACCUUCUUCCUUUCAAGCUGCUGUGAGUCUGUGUCUCUACCACAAGCCAAAUUCUGUAAGAAACUGAAGUUGGAGCAUAAAGAGAUCAUGUCAGAAUUAAAGAGCUUACAGAAUGAGAACCUUGAGUCCUCAGAGAAGUUCAGUGAUCUGACCAAGGAGAGUCUUCUGUCGGCUUUGUCUUCCUGGAAACCUGUGGUUUUGGGAGUGCUGGUUCCUGGAGGCUGGGGUGGCAGGAGAAGGCUGGCAGGGCCUUAUUAUGCAGCGUGUGUCUCUAGUGGUCUGCACAGCCAGCUCCUGAUGGAACAGACUCAGCUGAAGAAGAAAGUAGACAUGCUGAGGCAGGAGAACAAGAAACUAAUGGAGGAUUGGGUCCUGUUGAAGCACCAUUUGAAGGACUUGAAAGUGAUCUGUAAGGACCAAGAGAAAGAGACCAGUGACCUCCAAACCCAGCAACAACAGGUAGGGGCAGGUCCAGAAAACUCCAGCUGGAACAGGCCACAGCCCAGGGUGAGAGCCCCUUGCAGAGGGGGGCUCUACAGCAAGAGCCACCUGCUGAGCCCCAUUCCCAGCAACCGCUGA